GACAAAGGCGCUGGUGGCUCGGGGGGGGGGGGGGAAGAGGGGGGGUCCCCAGCUCCCAGAGUGGGGGAAAGGCAGCGGGACGCCCCCCAAACCCCGGUGUGACGCCCCCAGCCCCAUCCCGAGGGUCCCGGGAAUUAUUGGUGGGAAAGGCGCUGAGGAGCGGCCGUGCCCCCCCUCUGCCCCCCCGCAGCUCCCCGGCCCCCGCUGCUUCCCCUGAGCUUCCCGAGGGAAUGGUGGGGUGGGAAUGGGAUUGAGGGAAGUACCGGGGGGGGGGGGGGGAGGUUGUGGCUAAACUGGGAGCCCCCCCCGACUGCUGGCAGGGCCGGGAAUGGCAAUAUCCAGGCCCUGGUGGCAUUGCGGGUCCCUCGGCCUGCCAGGCCACGGGGACGUCCUUGGGAACAUCCUUGGGGACAUCCUUGGGGACAGCCGGGUGCGGGAUGUGGUGGGGCAGGACCGGGCCGUUCUCCCGCUCCCAGCCCGGAGCGGGGCCAGCGAGGGGCGAGGCCAGAGGGAUCCAGGGUUGUGUCCAUCCCUCCCGGGGACGCGUCCAUCCCCCGCAAAGGAUGGGUCCAUCCCUCCCAGGGUUGUGUCCAUCCCUCCCGGGGACCUGUCCAUCCCCCGCAAAGGAUGGGUCCAUCCCUCCCAGGGUUGUGUCCAUCCCUCCCGGGGACCUGUCCAUCCCUCCCAAGGGAUCUGUCCAUCUUUCCAGGGAUAUUCCCGUCCUUCCCGGGGCUGUUCCCGUCCUCCCCGGGGGUGUUCCCAUCCUUCCCGAUUCCUGGGGCCCCCCCGCCGCCCGGGCCGGGCUGAGGGAACGCUUAAUUCGGGGCUUUAUCCACAAACACUCCCGGGCUAAAAAUAUCCCGGCGGAGCGGGCGCGGCGUUCCCGGCCCGGAGCUUCCUUGCCUUUUUUGACGGGAUCGCAGCUGGGGCAGCGCCCGGGGCUCCCGGUCACUGUCACUUCUGGGAGCUGGCUCCCGGGGACACAGCCCCUGGGGACCCAGAUCAGGGGGUCUCCAGCUCCUGGGAAUUCCAGCUCCUUGGGGACCCAUGGGAAUGGAUGAGGGACCAGGGCUGGCACCUCAGUGUCCGUGAGCUGAUGAGUUUCCUCCCGCUCUGCUGACGACGGAUGGGGGCCGGGCGCGGUGCCGGGGGGGCAGGAGGCCGCUGCCCGCGGGCCCUGGCUGGACGUAGGGAGCUGCCCACCUGCCCCCGGUGCCUGGACCUCUCCGGCCCCCCCGGCCAUGGAGGGACCUUCGGUGCUCGGCCCCUCCUCGUGGCAGAAGCGCCGCGCGUGGGCCCAGCAGAGCCGGGGCUGGCGCAGCCCCGCGCCCGAGGGCGAGCAGGAGGAGGAGGAGGAGGAGGAAGAGGAGCAGGAGGCGGCCGCUGUCCGCUGGGACAUCCCGGAGCCUCCACCACACCUGGACGACGUUGUCCUCGAAGGAGGCGCCUGCAGCAAGAUCCAGACGUGGCUGCAGGACUGCGGGGCGACGGCGCUGGAGGAGCCGGGAUUGCCGGGACCCUGCGCGUGUGGCAGCAGCGGGACGAGCUUCGAGGACGACCUGACCCUGGGAGCUGAAGCUCUUCUGCUCCCAGGGAGCCUCCAGGCUGCGGGCAGGGUUCGGCGGGACGGGCGCCUCAGCCCGGGGCACAGCAUGGCCUCCAGUGUCCCCUCCAGUGUCCCCUCCAGUGUCCCCUCCAGCCUCGCCACCAGCUCCAGCCUGUCCGAGGUGCUGGCGUGGUGGCAGUCGGACGCCGAGGAGAUCCUGCACAACCUGGGCUUCGUGGGGACCGACCCGGGGGUCGCGUCCCGCGUCCCCCCCCGCUUCUUCUCGGCCCCGUCCCGCGCCAGCGGCAUCGACCUCGGGCUCUUCCUGCGGGCCCAAGUGCGGCGCCUGGAGAUGGAGGACCCCUGCCUGCUGCUGGCCAGUCGCUUCCAGCAGGUCCAGGCCCUGGCCGCCACCGCCGACGCUUUCUUCUGCCUCUACUCCUACGUGUCGCGGACCCCCCUGCAGCGCAUCGCCCCCCCCCGGCCCUCCCGGCCCUAUCGCGACAUCCCCGACAGCGCCGAGCUCCGCGGGGCCCGGCCCGGCCCGGCCCCGCCCGGGGAGCGCCUGAAGCGCGCGGUGUCCUCGCUGUGCCUCUACACGGGGAGGGACGGGGACAUCCCGCGGGGGUCCCGGGGGGCGACCCUCGGCCCCCGCAGCGCCCCGGGGACGGGGGGGCUUCGGAAGGAGCCGGGCGGUGCCCCUGAGGGCUGGCGGAGGGACGGCGACGCGGGGACGGUGCAGCGGGGGCCGUCCCCGAGGCCAAACCCCGUGGGGACACCGGCGGGGACAGCGCGGGGAGCCCCGGAGCGGUCCUGGACCCACGGCCGGGCGGUUUGGGGGCCCGGGGGGGCUCCGUGCCCGGCGGGAGCAGCACAGAGGGGCACAAGGGACCCCUGGCCGGACGCCGCUGCCCCGUGGGACAAUGUCACGGUGUCCCCCACGCUGGGUCCCCUGUCCCCGCACGCCAGCAGGGUGGGAAUCACUCCCGAGCCCCCGGCGGGGCUGGGACCGGAGGGCGACUCCGGCCUCGGCUCCUGGUGCCACCCGGGUGCCACCGCAAGGGCUGGAGGCCACCGGGCUGGGAUGUGGGGGGGUCCCCCGGGGCUGCAGCCCCCCGGGAGGGUCCCCUCGCCCCUCGCCCCCCGAGGAGCGGCGGAGUCCUUCGAGCUGGAGGAGGUGCUGAGCGAGGAGGAGGAUGGUGACGAUGAUGAGGAGGAGGAUAAUGAUGAUGAUGAUGCCGCCCCCGAGGAAGACGCCUGGUCCCCCUAUCCGUCCGUCAGGACCCGAAGGAGUGAGUUGGGGGGUUCCCCACCCUCCUGGGGGACAGCUGGUGUCCGGUGCCAGCGCGUCCCCGCCGUGUCCCCGCCGUGUCCCCCCCGCUGCAGGCUCCGUGUUCUACGGGCGGUCCGACAGCAGCGGCUUCGGGGAGGAGCCGGUCCCCGCCUCGGCACCCCCGGCCCGGCCCCGCGGCCCCGACUGGGUGACCUGAGGCCACCUCAGGGGGACGUGGGGCCUUGGCCGGCUGUCCCACGGACGUUUUGGACACGCGUGUGGCACGUGUGCGCGUGUGUGGGUGUGUGUGUGUGUGCACGCGUGGGUGUUUGGCACAGAAAAACCUCUGGACUCAGGAUUUUGCUCCAUAUUUGGUCCCCCCCCCCUCGUCCCCCCGCCCUGUGGCUCGGGGCCUGCAGCGGGGACGUGUCCCCAGCCCUUGGGGACGUCACUUGCACUUUGGCCACGUUGGUAACACUAUGGGGGGUGGGGACACAAUAAAGUUCCCGAAGGGA